GUCUGUCCAUAGGUCAUACGCCAUAAUUACUCAUCAAAUGAGAGAAUGAUAUACGUGCGUAUAUUUAGAACGUAUAUAAGCGGAUAAAUAAACUUAGAGGAAUCAGUACAACGGCUUAAUCCCGACUCGAUCUUCAUCAUUUGUGCAGACAACUGUUGCAUCAGAAUAAUCUCUGCUAUAUUUAACGUAUAUAAGCGGAUAAAUAAACUUAGAGGAAUCAGUACAACGGCUUAAUCCCGACUCGAUCUUCAUCAUUUGUGCAGACAACUGUUGCAUCAGAAUAAUCUCUGCUAUAUUUAAUAACAUGGCGAACCCUAAAACUGAUGGGACAACUUCGCAGGAGGCUGGACCGCAUCUAGAAGUGAUCAAUCGAGUGAAGAGCAUCCCAGUCAUUAAUUCCGCUUUAGAGAAGACGGAGUCUACCUAUUCGUAUAUUAAAGAUUCUCACCAUCUUAUUAACUGGGCUCUGUCACACGCCGAAGCGACGGUCCACGCGACGGUCAGUGCCACAGCCCCGCUGGCCAAAAGGUUUGAAGGACAGAUAUCGAAGGUUGAUCAAAAAUUAUGCGAGGGCCUGGACAUAGUCGAGGACAAAAUUCCCAUCGUCACGAAACCCCCGCAACAGAUUUACGAUGCAGCAAAGGCAGUGAUGAGCAGCUCUCUGCACCCGACCAUAGAGAAACUUCAUUCUGCGAAAGAAUCGGCCACUCAUCAAGCGACCACCUUAAAGGAGAUCAGUAUAGCCAAGGCUAAUGAGCUGUUGAGCACCCAAUAUGGGAGUAUGGCAGUGACGGGUGUCGACAAUACUAGCGUAUUGAUUAACGGAUUGUUGGAUCGGUAUUUUCCGGCAGUAGACGGCGAGAAGAACACACCAGUCCCUGUGUCAGCGGAUGAGAACAAAGUUUUACAUGCCGUCCAAACUAUUGGUCAAUUAUCUACGAAAACCGCGAACCGCGUUUAUCAUUCGAUCGCUGCUCAAUUGAGAACCAUCAAGAAAGAGGAUGUUGCAUCAUACAUGACUUGUGUUAUUUCUAUUCUGCAUCUAACACAAUUUCUGAGCUUGACGGAUAAGCACCAAGAAGAGAAACAGAAAUAGAAGGAGAACAAUAAGAACAAAAUAUUUUUAGAAGAACAGGAACAAAAUAUUUUGACAUGAAUUAUUUACCAACCUUUUUGUAAUGGACGUACUAAAUAUAUAUUUUGAUAUAAAAAUAUAAAUAAAAACUGUAGAAAGCAGAGUACACGAUA